AUGUUACGAUGGUGCGCAUUACACUAUCCCGUAACUGUUGGCGAAGCAUAUCACUUUCCUAUUUUUACCACUGUCCCCACGUACAAUGAAAGUCAGCGUAGUAAAAAUCAAGGCUGUUUAAUUUCCUCCGAAAGAGCGUAUUUGGCGAGUGGCUGGUACAACGCGUUUAAUUAUCUCGUCAACCUUUUACAAUAUAUUCAUGCUAAUUACAAAGUUGCUGAAAACUCAGAUCAUUAUCUUAAAUUGGCUCUUAAACGAGAAGUUACAUUUGGUCAGUUGGUUCAAGCUGAAGGCACUGAUGCUUCAGGAUCAUUCAAGCAGGGCAAGGUAAAGAACAAAAAACUAAAGAAAAGCUGUUGCAAAAAAUGCAACGGCAAAAAGCCCACUACAUAUAAAAACACAAUAAAAAGGAAGCCAGCAAAAAAGAGCACGCCAAAGAAAGCACCAGAGAAGCCUUAUAAAAAGAAGAUUUUCGCUAAGAAACCAGCGGCUAAAAAACCCUCAAAGGAAGGAAACUUGAAGCAAAAAAGAUCAAAAAGUCUCCCAAAUAGUGAUCAAAGAGGACUGCGAGGAAAUAACCACACAUGCAGAGAAAGUGCAUUGUUUUUGAUAGUUUCAGCUUUUCGAGAUAUCAAGAUGGACAUCUAA